AUGCCGCGUAACAGGGUUGAUCCACUACGUCGAAGACGAGUAGCACAAGCAUGUGACAGUUGCAAGAGACGCAAGGAGAAGUGUAGUGGCGGUACCCCCUGCGGGCAGUGCAAAUCCCGACAUCGAGAAGAGGCCUGUCAGUAUACGAAAGCCCAGGCAUCAGAUGUUGCAAAGCGUCUUCUGUGCGAGACUAGAGGCAGCAGCAACCACAGCGCAAGCGAAGAUCAUCAUGCACUGUGUGAGCUUGAUGAUCUCGCACCGUCUGAAACUCUCAAGGAAGGCGACAAUACGGUUUUGAAUGCGGCGCCCAAGCCCAAAAUCUCCAGAAUGCUACGUGACAGUCAGGGGAGAUUUAUUUAUGUCGGCGAAUCAGCCUCGUUGUCCUCUCUUCAGACUGUGAGGAGAGCUGUGAUAGUUGCAGUGGGCCCUUGUGAAUUUACAUCAGAUCCUCUGCGUCACCUGAUAAUUGAAACUACGCCAACGAUUCGUUUUGAUAAUGUCCACGAACCUCUACUCGAUCUUGCUGAAGCUCUUUCUCUUGCAGAUCAGUUCUUUCAAGUCGUAAGUGGUAUCAUGGACCUUUUCGACCCUGCUUGGUUGAUAGAUAAGCUGCCGACUUGGGUCGAAGAUUCUUCACGAAGAGGAAAGCUGGAGUCGCCCGUCAUUUAUCUUGCACUCGCGAUCGGGGCACAAGGAAGAGCUCGAGAUGAAUCAGAUGAGAUCAUUGCUGAGAGUUUGUUGACGGUCCAGUCGUUCAUCUUGAUCACCUACUACAUGCUUGCGGCAUGUCGACACAAUGGGGCUUUCGUUAAUUUAGGGGUGGCAGUCAGAGCUGCUUAUGCUCUUGGAAUUCACCGCCACGAGACAAACGUUGCAUUUGUUCCGCAGGAGGGCAUAUCUCAAGAGCGGACCUGGAAGACUCUACGAGUUUGUGAUCUUUUUUUCAGUGCAUCGAUGGGAAGACCACCUGCCACCUCAGACACCGAUUGCAAUAUUCCCUGGACUUCGGUGGAUCAGGUCGCCGGCAGAGAGAGUCAGUAUGUGCCUUCGCAGGUCACUUCCGCCAUUCUUAGAAUCUGCCACGUCUUUGAACGCAUUUUAAUAGAAGUGUACUCUAGAAGAGCUGUCUCGCUCGACCUGGCAAGAAGUAUCUCAAGACAACAUCGCGAGUGGACAGAAGCGUUACCUCGUAUGCUUAAAAUUGACGGUUUGCAUGAAUCGGUUGCAACCCGAAGCCUUGGGCUUUCUCACCGACUUGGUUGUGGACUCGUGAAAAUCGCAUACUAUUACUCGAUCAUUCUACUAUCUCGACCAAUUCUCACUUUCAAGGUCUGCCACAAUGCUGGAAAAUUCAGCCAUGGCGAGGCCUCAUCUUCCUUUAAUGCAGAUUUCAAUACUUACGCAGACGCAUGUGUUGACUCGGCUAUCAAAGGUAUAGAUGUGGCUCAUGAGACUGUUUACGAACAAGCCAUGCCUCAACGUCAGCCCUUCAUAAUCAACAGUGUCUUUAUUUCGGUGCUAUGUCUUGGACUUGCCUACCUGGAUGAUUUCGAUCAAAGAGGCUGGCCGUUAAGCACAGGGCUCAGACGGGGAAUUGCAAUCUUAAACCAUUUUGGACGACUGAAUCCCCAAUCUGCUCGGUACUCGGAAAUCUGCCAGCUCCUGCAAGACGCCACGACAAUGAGAUCAAUCCCCGAUACAGCCUUCGAAUGUAGACUUCAGUUCGAAUAUACUUUGCCAGCAGGGAAUUGUCGAACCGAUUUCGCCGUCUUCUUUCAAUGA